CUUACUUUCCUGUUAACUAGUUUCCCAGAAUCUCCAGUUCCCAAAAAUAAACAUAUUCAGAACAGGGAACUUAGAAGGGGAAACCUGGUUUGCUCCAAUCCCAAGCCAGUUUCCCCAUAGUCCAUUCUUACCCCCAAAAUAAAUAAGGCCCCUUCCAGACUGCCUCCUCACUAGAGCCUCCCCCAGGACAAACAGCUCCUGCUCCAGCUCCACCAUGAAGCUCUUCGCUGUCCUGCUGCUGGCCAGCCUGGCCUCCACCUCUCUGGCCAUCCUUCAUGAAUCAGAAGAUGAAAUCCCUUCGAAGACUCAAGUCAUCAGUGACUUCCCAGCUUCCCAGUUUGCUUCUAACAACCAUCCCAGGAAAGCCUCUAUCUCCAGUGAGGACCUCACCGUGGAGCCUUUCCUCUUCAGUGAAGAGCUGAUUUCCAAAGAGAACGUGGUGGUAAAAUCCACCAGACCAAUGAGUCAAAAACCUGAAAUCCUUCACCCCAUACUCCAAGGGGACAGUUCCAAAAGUUCCACAGAAGAGACAACAGAAUUCACUCCUACUGCUGCAACCACCUCGGAGGGAAAACUGAACAAGUUUGGCAAUAAAAUGGGGAAGGAUCUGAAGAAAGCAAUCAAAGGAAUCUUGGACUAUCUGAAAAGCCUGAUACCUGAUGCCAAUGAUGUCAUGAGGCCCUGAGGACAAGGACUCUGCAUCCCAGGCUGGGCCAUGAGAGGUGCCUACAUCACCCACACUGCACUCUUCCCAACCACCAUCUCGCAGCCCCUCAAAUCCAGGCAUUAAAGCAUUCAACCCAAACGCAGCUCUGUGGUGACUUUGUGGGAAAGGAGGCAGGAGGCCCCCACUAUUCUUCCUCAACUCCCCAACCCCCUUGAGUUCAAACCUCUCAUUCUCCUCUGCUUAC